AUGGGUGCCGGUCAGUCCACCGAACAUAGUGGAGCAACUCCAGAGGAGCUGAGCUACAUUCUUGCGGAACGUUUCGCAACCAAAUGUUUCACACCAUUAGAGCUUACACAUUUCAAGGACAACUUCUUCUCUCGUGCCGCUGAGCAAGGCGGUCUCAAAUACUGGAAUGAGAAAACAUUAUCUGAUUUCUUGGGUAUUCCCGAUGGCAGUUUCGCUGCCACUCAUGAGAACCCCCUUGAUGCGGGACCGGUUUUGUUCCGCAUGGUGUCGUACCUUGGUGCUUUUCCCUUCCAAAAUACCAUGGCUCCGAGUGUGUUGACAUUUGACGCAAUGGUAAAAGUCGUCGUACUGCUGACCGAGCGUUAUGGCAAGGCUUUACGGCGGGGGCGCAAGGAUCGAGUGAAGUUGUUGUUUGGGAGCCUUGCCGAUGUUGGGAAGAAGGACAUAGGGAAUGGUGGCGAAGACAAGGAUUUGCCUACAGCCGGAGGAGACAGUGCAUCUGAUGUUCAGAACCAUGCGGCUGGCUUCUCAAUUGAUCAACCUGCGAAUGAUGAUUAUGAUGAAGAUGAAGACGACGAUCUUGCCCUUGCUGCGCUGGAGUCGCUUGAUGCAAUCGAAGUGUUCAAACAUGACCAUCGAGUUGAUCAGACAGUUUACGAAACACGGAUUUCUAUUGAUACAUUCCGGCGGCUAUUGAUGCUGUUGCUCGUUAUUGCACCUUUGAAGCCCUUGGAGUCCGUGAAAACAUAUACCUCGGAUUUUGGCCCUGAACGUAUUGAUGCGAUCCAAAGCGAGGCGGAUAGUAUCAUCGGGGCGUUCUCUCCAGAAGAGACCGACGGGGGCAUCUCAUAUCGGGCCUUUGCCAGAACGGUCACAUCAUCACUGCCGUAUCUAUUUGAUCCUUUGACGGCCUUGUUUGAACAUCUUCUUUUUAGUAAGAAUCUGAAUCUCUCUCGAAAACAACGUGAAGAAGCAGCCGCAGAAGAAGAAACGGUCGAGAAAUCCGAGGAGAUCCCUCCCCCAUCCCCGAUCAUGCUCCCUGGCAGCUUUGAGUCGAACAUUCUGACCCCGACACUCAUGUCCCACUUGUCAUUCUUCCUACCCUCUGCGUCACCGUCUUUUAAUCUCUUUCGCGGUGGCGUUCGUCUCCAUCCUGUCUUCUCCACGGCCGCCCAUGGCUCCUCGCUCACCUCCUUCGCUCACCACGUCCUGACCUGGCAAUCUGCGACUCUCCUCAUUCUACAGGGAGUAGUGGAAGGCUCCUCUGAGGACCAAGUAACAAUAGGUGCAUACCUCCCACAGUCCUGGAAAUCCCCCUCGUCGUCCAGUAGCACCUCGAAUCAUUCCUCCAGCACUUUACCCUACCUCUUCCAACUAUCUCCAUCACACCAAGUACUUCAGGGCAACACCUCACCCUCUGUUACCCAGAAGUCAAACCUCCCCACCGCCUGGUUCUCUAAUCACUCUGGCAUUGCAAUUGGAUGUCAAAUCCCUCCCUCCUCCCGCAUCCACCACGCCCAUCCAAGUCCCCACGGCGCAGGCAGUCUACUUAUCGAUGUCAAUCUCGAAUCAGCCGAGCUCCACAUUGAGCCAGUCGGUCGCGAUGGCGUAUUUUUACCCCCUGGCACUGCAUCUUCCAAUGAGAAAGCGACUAAAACCCGACUGGACUUGUAUAGUCUUGAAAUUUGGGGUGUAGUCCCAGAUCCAGAGAUGGCGUCUUCUUCUGAUUCAAACUUGAAUGCUGUUGAUGCACAGCGUGCGAAGUGGGAGUUUGAGGCGCGUGAGGCGGAGAGAAGACGCAAUGUAAACCUUAAGGGUGGAGCUGGGGAUUCAGCGAAGGAGAGUGCCCGGUGGCUUCUGGAGACAGCUGGGAUCAUUGGAGACGAAGGGCAACGGUAUGGGAAUUCGUAG